UUUAGUUUCAUUUAAUCACCCACAAUUUAGUUCGAGUUCAAGUUUUUGUUUUCUUAUCGUGAUGGAUCAUAGAAAUUUAGACACUUGGUAUAAGGGCAAGUGCCACGCCCCUGGCAUAAUAGUCGAAGAGGAGGCCGAAGUCAGUGAAAGCAAUGAAGACACACAUUUCGCAGCUGAAGAGCCCGACUACGAUUUGGCCUACGAAGAACUGGAGUCCAUCAAAGGGCGGUUGCUGCUUUUGCGCAGCAAGUUGCUAAUAACACCUCCAGAUCCAUGUGAGCAGAAGUAUCCUAUUCCACUAGAGGACGAAUCCUUUCGUACACCCAACCAGCAGCUGUUGCUGCAACGCAGCAACUGUGUGCUCAAGUGCCAACUACAAAAGUUCAUGCAACAUUUGCAAACAACACGCAGUCAAAUCAAAGUAUUGGAAGCAAUGCGUGCCCAGCUGAACAAAUGUCUCGGCAAGAUGACCAGCGAGGUGCAGAAGUUUCAGGGUUUUCAGCAGAAGGCCAUCGAAUUCUUUGGCAUCUGCCUGGAGCGUCACGAGCAGGUGAAGAUGUGCAAAGUGGACAACGAUCACUUUGGCGCCAAGGUGCAAGCCAUGAUGAACCACACCCAAGCCAGACUGCGUUAUUUGGUGCCGAUGCGUUGCCACAAUCAGUUGCACUAUGAUCUCUCUGUGGAGUUGAUACUAAUGCGCAUCUUUCUACACUCGCUGUUCAGUAACAUGAUCGACGAUUGGAAUCACUGCAAACGCCAUUUCACAGAACGGAAUUGGCACUGCUCAGCUAUACUUCCCCCCGUGGACAAACAUUGAAGAGCCACCCAGCCAUGAAUGUAUUUCAUUUUUAUUUUAUUUGUUUGGCCAACUUGGUCAAAUUGCCGUCUACUAAUUGCGUCUGAAAUGUAGCUCAAUUAACAUUAUUGGCGCUCGGCGGCUUUUAUGGCACUUUUGUGGCCCCUUCGUAAUAAUUACAAAAUUUCAACUCUGCCGCGGCAAUUGCCUCAAAUUAA